AUGGAUCAAGGAGUUAUUCGAGCACUCAAAGUUUAUUACCGACGUCAUCUAGUCAAGCUUAUAAUCACCGGUGCUGGUGUUGCUGUGACGGCCGACGAUGUUAAUAUUACUGCUUUAGAUGUUGUCUAUUGGAUUCAAGGCGCAUGUGAAGCAGUGUCAGAAACAACAAUAAGGAACACAUUCAAAUCAGCCGGUAUUGAAAAGCUGUCUGUUAUCGAUGGAAUCGAUGCAGUACAACAAAUUUCAAUAACAGAUGAAAUUAUUUCUGCAGAAGAUAAAUCAAUUGAAGAAUUAGAUCGAGUAUUGAGACAUUUAACCAUCGGUGGAAAACCAAUGUCUGGCUAUGAUAUUAUGUGGUGA